GAUCCUGGGAGACAGUAACUUGGGUGCUGGGCGAAGUCUGAGGGGACCAGAACAAGGAGCGGAGGAUGAUUCAGUAUGUGAGGAACCUGAGAUUUUAGAGAGGGAAAGACCUCGUCCUCAAGGCUCAUCCCCAGUCGAGGAAUUUCCCAUUGAAAAACAGGCUGAAGAGGAUAUCUCUGAUUCGGCAAUCAAGAGUGGAAGCACCAAAAAAAGCAGAAAAGCUGGCUUUGGAGCUCUGUUUGACAAGCGCACCUCUGACAAAAUGAAUGAAACAGAGGACAUGCAGAGUGGUGAAUCUGAAAUGAUUGUGAAAACAGUGAAAGAAGCAUGUGUUGAGGGCUUAGUUGUGACUGGUGGAGGGAAAGAUGGGAUCUUUGUUAAAGAAGUGAAACUAGAUUCACCUGCUUCCAAACAUCUAAGUGUGAAAGAGGGUGAUCAAAUACUAAGUGCUACAGUAUACUUUGAUAAUGUUUCAUACGAAGAUGCACUUCAAAUUCUUGAGCAUGCUCAGCCAUAUAAAAUGGAGUUCUGUCUAAGGCGCAAAGUGGAACCAGGCAUACUAGAAAAUGCUGAAAUUAUACAUCCAAAGGAAAAAGACCAAAGCCCACCAAUGAUGAGAAGUCAGACAAAGAUGAAAAAACAGCAAGAACGCAUUUCAUGGCCAAAGUUCCCAUCCUUUGGCAAGGGACCCAGAAUGCAAUUCAAGAGAUCUCAUAGCACAUCAGAAGCAGAGGAACACAGGAAAUUAGAGAUGAGCCCACCAACAAGUGACACUGAAUCACCACUGAAACGUCCAGAUGGAAAAGACAAGAAAAAAAAGCACAAAGUUCAACUGAAAAUGAAGAUGAAGGGCCACAGGAGCAAGUCUGUUGAGGAACCCCAGAAAAAUGAGAAGGCGUUGCUGUGCGAAAAUCAACAAGUGGAGGAUAUAUUAGAAGAAAAGGUUCCUGAAGGACAUGAGGAAAAAAUGCAAGUGAUCCCACAGGUCCUGGAUGGAGCUGAAAAUGAGGUUUCUUCCAAGGCUGGGAAUGAUGAUCCAUUUCAGAGUUUGUCAGGAAUGGAAAUGCAUGAGGCUCAUUUAAUUAGUUUGGGCAGCACAUUAAAGACUACAGAUAUUUCAGUUGCUCUUGCAGAGGGAGGAAACACACAGAGUUCAGAAAUGAAAGUCAGAAUUCAUCAGAAGGAGAAACCUGACAGUGGAACAGAAAAGAAAGCAGAAACUAUUGAAGCUUUGUAUAAAAUUUCAGAUCCAUCAGCCUGUGACAAUGUUUUAUUAUCACAGGAAGAGGUAAAAAUAUCUCAACUUGACAAUGAUCUCAACAGACAGGGAAUAGGAAAAGAUGGUUUAGAGAAAAAAAUGGACUCUGGAAAUGCAGAACUUAGCAUGCAAAAUUUAGAUAUUUGUGAAGAAGUAACAAAAAAAUCUCCAAGCAUUGGUGAUGAAAAGCAAUGGAAGGAGAGAUCUGUGUUUGAAAGUGAGAGUUAUGGGAUUCGAACCAGAGGUCCAUUGGCAGACAUAGCCACAUCAAAGACCCACUUUGUGAGCACAGUAAAUGGGCUUCAGUUCACUUCACCAGAUUUUUCUGAGAUUAUGCAAGUAGGGAAAAUGUCUGAUGGCAUAGGUGAUGCAAAGAAACCAACUGUUUUCCAACCAAAACCUGCUAGAACUGCUUUUGCUGUAGACAAAGAAGAUUCACCUUUAGAAAUCAAAACUUCCAAGUUACCAACAGAAACUACUGAUUUCAUCCUAGCAGAUCUAGAUAAGAGCUCAGGAUUAAAGUUUAAAUUGCCAAAGGUAGAUCACUCUGGAUUUGUAACCCAUGAACUAAUCAAAAUAAAAGAGGUGGAAAAAAAUAGGACCCAUCUACCAAAACGAGAAGAUAUUGAAAUUCCAGGGAUGGAAACUAAAGAAACAAAACCCAGUCUUCAGACACCUGAGAUUAAGGCUCCAAAAACUGAGAAAAUUAUUAAUAUUACAAAGGCAAGAGAAAUCGAGGAUCCACGAAGACCUGAAGAGUUCAAUGUUGAGGAUGUAAAAGUGGCUGUUUCCAAAUUCCCUGCUUUUAAAUUGCCUGAGGGGGACAUAACAGGAGUUCUUGUGCAAAGAGAAAUUACAAUUAUGGAAUUGAAGUCAGAUAAGUCUGUGCUGACUCCUAGGGGAUCUCCAUAUAAAAUAUCCAUCACAAGUACAGACAGUAGCACUAGUAUCCCUCAAAGUAAAGUAGGUGCAGACAAGUCACCAGCUUCUGAUACUGUAGAUAAGGACACAGCAAUCAAGAUGCCAAAAGUUGAGCUACCUUAUAUUGAUGAGCAAAUAUCAACAGCUGUGAUGAAAAUAGACGAGACACAGCCACAGAUAACAGAUUAUGGGCGAUAUGGAGAUAUAAACUUCAAACUUCCAAAGCGGGAAGAUAUUGAAAUACCAGGGAUGGAAGCCACAAAAGAAUCAAAACUACAGAAGACAGUACUCAAAGCAGUCAGUGAUGUAGACCUUGACCAAAGUGAAAAGCCGAAAACGAAAAAAUACGGUGACAAGAAAGGUCAUGAAAAGAAAUCAAAGAAACCAAAAAUAAACACCCAAGGAUUUGAGAGCACUAAACUUGAUAUUCAGUCUCCAGAUAGUACUGAAUUACCAAAGAAGGAUUCCUCUAAAAUGGGUACUGGAGAAACAAAGAUCCAUGAAAAACACAAAUUCAAAAUCCCCCAAGUAGGGGAAGUUGAAAAUAUAGAUGUUUCAGUACAGGAAAGUAAGAUCUUAGAAGAUAAUAUGAAGACUAUGGACUCACCACAAAAAACAGAAACAAAGUUUGGCAAAACAAAAUUUAAAAUUCCCUCAAUUGCCUUGCCAGAAUUUGAGACUGAAGUUCCAAGAGGAGGGGUAAAUAUCUCUGCUGUGGAUGUACAAGUGAAAAAAGCUGAAAAGGUUUUACCAGAGGAUAAGUUAAAAUUAUCAGCUGAGCCAAAAUUAUCUGACUUAGAUGACACUGAUGUUAGUAAAGAUGGACAGUCUGUCAAUGUGUAUGGCAGAGGUCAGGAUCCUGAAACUGAAGGACAAGGGAGGAAGUUCAAACUACCAAAAUUUGAGAUCAGUUUUCCAGAAGUAAAAGCACCAAGAAUUAGUUGUACAUCACAGAAAGAUGAUGACAGUUCUGUAUCAGAGGAAAGGGUGCGAGUAGGACAUUCACCUAAAGCUGAACAACAAGUUGUAAACCCUGCAGUGAGUGCACCCCUACCAGAAGCAGAUUCUGAAAUAUCUGAAGUGAAAAUUAAAAGGCCAGGGUUUUCAUUUCCCAGGUUUGGGAUAUCUAAAUCAGAACAUACAGCCCCAGCAGCUGAUAUUAAUCUCAAAAAUGUUGAAAUGUCUUUACCAGAGGGGCAUACAGAAACACAGGAUCCAAACACAAAUAUUGUAAUAUCAGUGAAAGAUGGCAAACAAAAGGAUGCAGCAAAGUUUGGUUCCCCAACAAAGUUCAAAAUUCCUUCAAUCAAGUUUCCAAAUUUUGGAGCUAAAGUUACAAAGGCAGCAGUGGAGACCUCUAAUGUGAAUGUUGAUGUUAAAGGAGCUGAAAUAAGUCUGCCAGAUACAGAGUUAAACUUGUCUGCUGAACCGAGUUUAGUUGAUAUAAAAGAGCCUGAUGUAGACAAACAAAAGAAAUAUGUCAGUAAGGAAUGUAUUAAUAUGGACAUCCAAAGUGAGGCACAAGGGAGUAAAUUCAAAUUGCCAAAAUUUGAGAUCAGCAUUCCUGAGGUAGAAGGACCAAAAGUAGAUAUAAGUUAUGACCAGGCAGAGAUUGACAUUUCUAUACCAAAGAGACAUGUGGAGGUUGAUCCAGCUGAUCUUGAAUUGCAGGCUGGAACAACUGAAGUGAAAGUAGACCUACGAACUGGCUUAGAGAAAGUUAAUAUUCCAAAGACAGCAAAAGAGAUCUCUGUGGAUGUAGAUGUUAAAAGACCUGAAAUAAGUCUACCAGUUGCAGGGAUAAUAUUGUCAGCUGAGCCACUCUUGGUGGAUAUAAAAGGGUCUGAUUUAAACAAUGAGAUGAGAGGUGAGGAUAUCAAAAUUGAGGGUCAAGGGAGGAAGUUAAAACUGCCACAUGUUGGGAUCAGUCUUCCUGAAGUAAAGGGUCCCAAAAUAGAUGUAAGUACAGACAAGGCAGAGACUGAUAUUUCUGUACCAAAGGCAAAAGUAGAAGUCCAUCCACCUGAUGUUAAAGUGCAAAGUGUAACACCUGAAAUAAAAGCUGACAUGCCAGAAGCGGAUUCUAAAGGUCUUGAAGUUAAAAUGAAGUCACCAGGCUUUUCAUUUCCUAGAAUUGGAUUUAGUAAAUCAGAAGUUGAGGCUCCUGAUGUUAAUGUGAGUGUUCCAGCUGUUGAUGUGUCUUUACCUGAAGGAAGUAUAGAAAUUGAAAGACCAAAUACUGAUUUGACAGUAUCGAUGGAAGAUACAGAACAAAGAGAUCAAUUAAAGUUUGGUUCUCCAACAAAGUUUAAAUUGCCUUCAAUCAACUUCCCAAAAUUUGGAACUAAAGUUCCGAAGGCCACAGUAGAGGUCUCUGAUGUGGAUGUAGAUGUUAAAGGACCUGAAAUAAGUCUGCCGGACACAGAGAUAAAAUUUGUAGCUGAGCCACUUUCACUGGAUAUAAAAGGACCUGAUGCAGACACAGAAUUCAAAGCUCUCAGUACGGAAAUAAAAGAUCAAGAUAUCCAAAUUAAGGCGCAUGAGAGUAAAUUCAAAUUGCCAAAAUUUGGAAUCAGCCUUCCAGAAGUAAAGGCACCAAAAUUUGAUGUAAGUACAGACAAGGCAGAGAUUGACAUUUCUGUACCAAAGGCAAAAGCAGAAGUCCAUCCACCUGAUUUUGAAGUGCAAGGUGUAACAGCUGAAAUAAAAGCAGACCUACCAGAAGUGGAUUCUAAAGAUAUUGACGUGAAAAUGAAGACACCGGGCUUUUCAUUUCCUAAAAUUGGAUUUAGUAAAUCAGAAGUUAAGGCUCCUGAGGUUGAUGUGAGUCUUCCAACUGUUGAUGUGUCAUUGCCUGAAGGAAGUAUAGAAAUUGAAAAACCAACUACAGAUGUUGCAGUAGCAGUGGAAGAUGCAGAACAAAAAGGUCGCUCAAAGUUUGGUUCUCCAACAAAGUUUAAAUUGCCUUCAAUUAAUUUCCCAAAGUUUGGAAUGAAAAGUCCAAAACCAUCAGUAGAGGUCUCUGGUGUGGUAGUAGAUGUUAAAGGACCUGAAAUAAGUCUGCCAGAUGCAGAGAUGAAAUUGUCAGCUGAGCCACUAACAGUGGAUAUAAAAGGGCCUGAUGCAGACAAAGAAAUGAAAUCCAUCAGUUUGGAAAUGAAGGACCAGGAGAUCGAACUUAUGGAACAAGGGAGUAAAUUCAAAUUGCCAAAAUUUGGAAUCAGCCUUCCUGAAGUAAAGGGACCAAAAAUAGAUAUAAGUUCAGACAAGACAGAGAUUGACCUUUCUGUACCAAAGGCAAAAGUAGAAGUGCAACCAUAUGAUCUUGAAGUGCAAAGUGUAAAAACUGAAAUAAAAGCUGACCUACCAGAAGUAGAUUCUAAAGGUACUGACGUGAAUAUGAAGAUACCAGGCUUUUUGUUUCCCAAAAUUGAAUUCAGUAAAUCAGAAGUUAAGGCUCCUGAGGUUGAUGUGAGUCUUCCAACUGUUGAUGUGUCUUUGCCUGAAGGAAGUAUAGAAAUUGAAAAACCAACUACAGAUGUUGCAGUAGCAGUGGAAGAUGUAGAACAAAAAAGUCGGUCAAAGUUUGGUUCUCCAACAAAGUUUAAAUUGCCCUCAAUCAACUUCCCAAAGUUUGGAAUGAAAGGUCCAAAAACAUCAGUAGAGAUCUCUGAUGUGGAAGUAGAUGUUAAAGGACCUGAAAUAAGUCUACCAGAUGCAGAGAUGAAAUUGUCAGCUGAACCACUAACAGUGGAUAUAAAAGGAUCUGAUGCACAAAAAGAAAUGAAACCUCUCAUUACGGACAUGAAAGAUCAGGAUAUCCAAAUUAAGGAACAGGGAACUAAAUUCAAAUUGCCAAAAUUUGGAAUCAGCCUUCCAGAAGUAAAGGGACCAAAAUUUGAUGUAAGUACAGAAAAGGCAGAGAUUGAUGUUUCUGUCCCAAAGGCAAAAGCAGAAGUCCAUCCACGUGACUUUGAAGUGCAAGGUGUAACAGCUGAAAUAAAAGCUGACCUGCCAGAAAUGGAUUCUAAAGAUAUUGAAGUGAAAAUGAAGACACCAGGCUUUGCAUUUCCGAGGAUUGGAUUUAGUAAAUCAGAAGUUAAGGCUCCUGAGGUUGAUGUGGGUGUUCCAACUGUUGAUGUGUCUUUGCCUGAAGGAAGUAUAGAAAUUGAAAAACCAACUAUAGAUGUUACAGUGCCAAUGGAAGAUGUAGAACAAAAAGGUCGCUCAAAGUUUGGUUCUCCAACAAAGUUUAAAUUGCCCUCAAUCAACUUCCCAAAAUUUGGAACGAAAGGUCCAAAAGCAUCAGCAGAGGUCUCUCAUGUGGAAGUAGAUGUUAAAGGACCUGAAAUAAGUCUACCAGAGGCAGAGGUAAAAUUGUCAGCUGAGCCACUAACAGUGGAUAUAAAAGGGCCUGGAGCAGACAAAGAAAUGAAACCUCUCAGUAUGGAAGUGAAAGAUCAGGAUAUCGAACUUAAGGAAGAAGGGACUAAAUUCAGAUUGCCAAAAUUUGGAAUCACCCUUCCAGAAGUAAAGGGACCAAAAUUUGAUGUAAGUUCAGACAAGGCAGUGCUUGACAUUUCUGUACCAAAGGCAAAAGCAGAAGUUCAUCCACCUGAUGUUGAAGUGCAAGGUGUAACAGCUGAUAUAAAAGCAGACCUGCCAGAAGUGGAUUCUAAAGAUAUUGAAGUGAAAAUGAAGACACCAGGCCUUUUGUUUCCUAGAAUUGGAUUUAGUAAAUCAGAAGUUAAGGCUCCUGAUGUUGAUGUGAGUGUUCCAACUGUUGAUGUGUCUUUGCCUGAAGGAAGUAUAGAAAUUGAAAAACCAUCUACAGGUGUUACAAUAUCAAUGGAAGAUGCUUGCCAGAAAGAUCCAACAAAGUUUAAAUUACCUUCAUUUACGUUCCCAAAGUUUGGAGCUAAAGGUCCAGAAGCAUCAGUAGAGGUCUCUGAUGUGGAUACAGAUAUUACAGGACCUGAAAUAAGUAUGCCAGAUGCAAAGAUAAAAUUACCAACUGAGCCACUCUCAGUAGAUACAAAAGGGUUUGAUGCAGACAAAGAAAUUAAAUCUCUCAACAUGGAAAUGAAAUAUCAGGAUAUCCAAAUUAACGAGCAAGAUAGUAAAAUAAAAUUGCCAAAAUUUGGCAUCAGUCUUCCUGACAUAAAGGCACCAAAAUUUGAUGUAAGUACAGACAAGGCAGAGAUUGAUAUUUCUGUACCAAAGGCAAAAGUAGAAGUCCAUCCACCUGAUUUUGAAGUGCAAGGUGUAACACCUGAAAUAAAAGCUGACCUGCCAGAAAUGGAUUCUAAAGAUAUUGAGGUGAAGAUGAAGACACCAGGCUUUGCGUUUCCAAGGAUUGGAUUUAGUAAAUCAGAAGUGAAGGCUCCUGAGUUUGAUGUGAGUCUUCCAACUGUUGAUGUGUCUUUGCCUGAAGGAAGUAUAGAAAUUGAAAAACCAACUACAGAUGUUACAGUACCAGGGGAAGAUGCAGAACAAAAAGGUCGCUCAAAGUUUGGUUCUCCAACAAAGUUUAAAUUACCUUCAAUCAACUUCCCAAAAUUUGGAAUGAAAGGUCCAAAAGCAUCAGUAGAAGUCACUGAUGUGGAUGUAGAUGUUAAAGGACCUGAAAUAAAUCUGCCAGAUGCAGAGAUGAAAUUGUCAGCUGAACCAAUUUCAGUGGAUAUAAAAGGGCCUGCUGCAGACAAAGAAAUGAAAUCAGUUGGUUUGGAAAUGAAGGACCAGGAUAUCGAACUUAAGGGACAAGGGAGUAAAUUCAAAUUGCCAAAAUUUGGAAUCAGCCUUCCUGAAGUAACAGGACCAAAAUUUGAUGUAAGUACAGACAAAGCAGAGAUUGAUAUAUCUGUCCCAAAGGCAAAAGCAGAAGUCCAUCCAUCUGAUUUUGAAGUGCAAGGUGUAACAGCUGAAAUAAAAGCAGACCUGCCAGAAAUGGAUUCUAAAGAUAUUGAAGUGAAAAUGAAGACACCAGGCUUUUCAUUUCCUAGAAUUGGGUUUAGUAAAUCAGAAGUUAAGGCUCCUGAGGUUGAUGUGAGUCUUCCAACUGUUGAUGUGUCUUUGCCUGAAGGAAGUAUAGAAAUUGAAAAACCAACUACAGAUGUUACAGUACCAGGGGAAGAUGCAGAACAAAAAGUUCGCUCAAAGUUUGGUUCUCCAACAAAGUUUAAAUUACCUUCAAUCAACUUCCCAAAAUUUGGAAUGAAAGGUCCAAAAGCAUCAGUAGAAGUCACAGAUGUGGAUGUAGAUGUUAAAGGACCUGAAAUAAAUCUGCUAGAUACAGAGAUGAAAUUGUCAGCUGAACCAGUUUCAGUGGAUAUAAAAGGGCCUGAUGCAGACAAAGAAAUGAAAUCCGUUGGUUUGGAAAUGAAGGACCAGGAUAUCGAACUUAAGGGACAAGGGAGUAAAUUCAAAUUGCCAAAAUUUGGAAUCAGCCUUCCUGAAGUAACAGGACCAAAAUUUGAUGUAAGUACAGACAAAGCAGAGAUUGAUAUAUCUGUCCCAAAGGCAAAAGCAGAAGUCCAUCCAUCUGAUUUUGAAGUGCAAGGUGUAACAGCUGAAAUAAAAGCAGACCUGCCAGAAAUGGAUUCUAAAGAUAUUGAAGUGAAAAUGAAGACACCAGGCUUUUCAUUUCCUAGAAUUGGAUUUAGUAAAUCAGAAGUUAAGGCUCCUGAGGUUGAUGUGAGUCUUCCAACUGUUGAUGUGUCUUUGCCUGAAGGAAGUAUAGAAAUUGAAAAACCAACUACAGAUGUUACAGUACCAGGGGAAGAUGCAGAACAAAAAGUUCGCUCAAAGUUUGGUUCUCCAACAAAGUUUAAAUUACCUUCAAUCAACUUCCCAAAAUUUGGAAUGAAAGGUCCAAAAGCAUCAGUAGAAGUCACUGAUGUGGAUGUAGAUGUUAAAGGACCUGAAAUAAGUCUGCCAGAUGCGGAGAUAAAAUUGUCCGCUGAACCAAUUUCAGUGGAUAUAAAAGGGCCUGAUGCAGACAAAGAAAUGAAAUCCAUUAGUUUGGAAAUGAAGGACCAGGGGAUCGAACUUAAGGAACAAGGAAGUAAAUUCAAAUUGCCAAAAUUUGGAAUCAGCCUUCCAGAAGUAAAAGGACCAAAAUUUGAUAUAAGUACAGACAAGGGAGAGAUUGAUAUAUCUGUCCCAAAGGCAAAAGCAGAAGUCCAUCCACCGGAUUUUGAAGUGCAAGGUGUAACACCUGAAAUAAAAGUGGACCUGCCAGAAGUGGAUUCUAAAGAUAUUGAAGUGAAAAUGAAGACACCAGGCUUUUCACUUUCAAGGACUGGAUUUAGUAAAUCAGAAGUUAAGGCUCCUGAGGUUGAUGUGAGUCUUCCAACUGUUGAUGUGUCAUUGCCUGAAGGAAGUAUAGAAAUUGAAAGAUCAACUACAGAUGUUACAGUACCAGGCGAAGAUGCAGAACAAAAAGGUCACUCAAAGUUUGGUUCUCCAACAAAGUUUAAAUUGCCCUCAAUCAACUUCCCAAAAUUUGGAAUGAAAGGUCCAAAAGCAUCAGCAGAGGUCUCUGAUGUGGAAGUAGAUGUUAAAGGACCUGAAAUAAGUCUACCAGAUGCAGAGGUAAAAUUGUCAACUGAGCCACUAACAGUGGAUAUAAAAGGGCCUGGAGCAGACAAAGAAAUGAAAUCCAUCGGUUUGGAAAUGAAGGACCAGGAUAUCAAACUUAAGGAACAAGGGAGUAAACUCAAAUUGCCAAAAUUUGGAAUCAGCCUUCCAGAAGUAAAGGGACCAACAUUUGAUGUAAGUACAGACAAAGCAGAGCUUGAUGUUUCUGUACCAAAGGCAAAAGCAGAAGUUCAUCCACCUGAUUUUGAAGUGCAAGGUGUAACCGCUGAAAUAAAAGCAGACCUGCCAGAAAUGGAUUCUAAAGAUAUUGAGGUGAAGAUGAAGACACCAGGCUUUUCAUUUCCUAAAAUUGGAUUUAGUAAAUCAGAAGUUAAGGCUCCUGAGGUUGAUGUGAGUUUUCCAACUGUUGAUGUGUCUUUGCCUGAAGGAAGUAUAGAAAUCGAAAGAUCAACUACAGAUGUUACAGUACCAGGGGAAGAUGCAGAACAAAAAGUUCAAUCAAAGUUUGGUUCUCCAACAAAGUUUAAAUUACCUUCAAUCAACUUCCCAAAAUUUGGAAUGAAAGGUCCAAGAGCAUCAGUAGAAGUCACUGACAUGGAUGUAGCUGUUAAAGGACCUGAAAUAAAUCUGCCAGAUGCAGAGAUGAAAUUGUCAGCUGAACCAGUUUCAGUGGAUAUAAAAGGGCCUGAUGCAGACAAAGAAAUGAAAUCCAUCUGUUUGGAAAUGAAGGACCAGGAUAUCAAACGUAAGGAACAAGGGAGUAAAUUCAAAUUGCCAAAAUUUGGAAUCAGCCUUCCAGAAGUAACGGGACCAAAAUUUGAUAUAAGUACAGACAAAGCAGAGAUUGAUAUAUCUGUCCCAAAGGCAAAAGCAGAAGUCCAUCCACCUGAUUUUGAAAUCCAAGGUGUAACAUCUGAAAUAAAAGCAGACCUGCCAGAAGUGGAUUCUAAAGAUAUUGAAGUGAAAAUGAAGACACCAGGCUUUUCGUUUCCAAUGAUUGCAUUUAGUAAAUCAGAAGUUAAGGCUCCUGAUGUUGAUGUGAGUGUUCCAACUGCUGAUGUGUCUUUGCCUGAAGGAAGUAUAGAAAUUGAAAAACCAACUACAGAUGUGAAAAUGUCAAUGGAAGAUACUGAACAAAAAGGUCAGUCAAAGUUUGGUUCUCCAACAAAGUUUAAAUUACCUUCCAUCAACUUCCCAAAGUUUGGAAUGAAAGGUCCAAAAGCAUCAGUAGAGGACUCUGAUGUGGAUGUAAAUAUUAAAGGACCUGAAAAAAGUCUGCCAGGUGCAGAGAUAAAAUUGUCAACUGAGCCACUCACAGUGACUAAAAAAGGGCCUGAUGCAGACGAAGAAAAAAAGCUUCUCAGUAUUGCAGUGAAAGAUCAGGAACUCGAAAUUAAGGAACCAGGGAUCAAAUUCAAAUUGCCAAAAUUUGAAAUUGGCCUUCCUGAAAUAAAGGGACCAAAAUUUGAUAUAAGUACAGACAAGGCAGAGAUUGACCUUUCUGUACCAAAGGCAAAAGCAGAAGUCCAUCCACCUGAUUUUGAAGUGCAAGGUGUAACAGCAGAAAUAAAAGCAGACCUGCCAGAAAUGGAUUCUAAAGAUAUUGAAGUGAAAAUGAAGACACCAGGCUUUUCGUUUCCGAGGAUUGGAUUUAGUAAAUCAGAAGUUAAGGCUCCUGAGGUUGAUGUGAGUCUUCCAACUGUUGAUGUGUCUUUGCCUGAAGGAAGUAUAGAAAUUGAAAAACCAACUACAGAUGUUACAGUAGCAGUGGAAGAUGUAGAACAAAAAAGUCGGUCAAAGUUUGGUUCUCCAACAAAGUUUAAAUUACCUUCAAUCAACUUCCCAAAGUUUGGAAUUAAAGGCCCAAAAGCAUCAGUAGAGAUCUCUGAUGUGGAUGUGGAUGUAGAUGUUAAAGGACCUGAAAUAAGUCUACCAGAUGCAGAAAUGAAAUUGUCAGCUGAGCCACUAACAGUGGAUAUAAAAGGAUCUGAUGCAGACAAAGAAAAGAAACUUCCCAGUAUGGAACUGAAAGAUCAGGAUCUCAAAAUUAAGGAGCAAGAGAGUAAAUUCAACUUGCCAAAAUUUGGAAUCAGCCUUCCUGAAAUAAAGGGACCAAAAUUUGAUGUAAGUACAGAAAAGGCAGAGAUUGAUGUUUCUGUCCCAAAGGCAAAAGGAGAAGUGCAUCCACCUGAUUUUGAAGUGCAAGGUGUAACAGCAGAAAUAAAAGCAGACCUGCCAGAAGUGGAUUCUGAAGAUAUUGAAGUGAAAAUGAAGACACCAGGCUUUUCGUUUCCGAGGAUUGCAUUUAGUAAAUCAGAAGUUAAGGCUCCUGAGGUUGAUGUGAGUCUUCCAACUGUUGAUGUGUCUUUUCCUGAAGGAAGUAUAGAAAUUGAAAGACCAACUACUGAUGUUUCAGUACCAGGGGAAGAUGCAGAACAAAAAGUUCGGUCAAAGUUUGGUUCUCCAACAAAGUUUAAAUUGCCUUCAAUCAACUUUCCAAAGUUUGGAACUAAAGUUCCAAAGGCCACAGUCCAGGUUUCUAAUGUGGAUGCAGAUGUUAAAAAACAUGAAAUAAAUCUGCCAGGUGCAGAGAAAAAAUUGCCAUCUGAACCACUUUUAGUGGCUAUAAAAGGACCUGAAGGAGACAAAGAAACGAAAACUCUCAGUACAGAAAUGAAAGCUCAGGACAUCCAAAUUAAAGAACAAGGGAUUGGAUUGAAAAUGCCAAAAUUUGGAAUAAGUUUUCCUGAAGUAAAAGGGCCAAAAAUUGAUGUAAGUUCAGACAAAGCAGAAAUUGAUAUUUCUUUACCAAAAGCAAAAGGAGAAGUGCAUCCACCUGAUGUUGAAGUGCAAGACAUAACAGCUGAAGUGAAAGCUGACCUGCCAGAAGUAGAUUCUAAAGCUAUUGAUGUGAAAAUGAAGAGACCUGGAUUGUCUUUUCCCAGAUUUAAUAAAUCAGAGAGUACGACUCCAGCAAUUGAUAUGAGUCUCCAAACUGCUGAUCUUUCUUUGCCAGAAGAAAGUAUUAUAAUAGAAGGACCAACUACUGACAUUACCGAGCCAGUAAAAGUUGCUGGAGGGAAAGAUCCAGCAAAGUCAAGUUCACAAACAAAGUUGAAACUUCCCUCAAUAAAAUUCCCAAAAUUUGGAGUUAAAGUUCAAAAGGAGACUAUUAACAUAUCUUCUAUGACAACAGAUGUUAAAGAACCUGAAAUAAAUUUACCAGAUGCAGAUUUGUCAGCUGAGCCACUCUCAGUGGACAUAAAAGGACAUGAUGUAAACAAAGAUGAAAAUGUUGGAAUUUUACACCUUAAAGUCAAAGGCCCAGAGAUCAAUCUAGUCAGUAAAAGUUCCUCACAGUCAGAAAGCAGCACGUACUUUACAAAAGACGUGAAAAUACAGUCUCUUAAUGUUAAAGUUAAGGAUGCAGAAAUAAAUAAUGAAGUAGCGAUACCAGAAGUGGAUGCCCAAGUGGGAAAGCGUGGAGAUGAGGAUACAGCUGUAAAUGAUAAUGCUCUAGAUGUUGUCUUAGAACCAAAACAAAAAUACACACAAGAAGUCAAGACGUCCUCCAAAUUCAUAUUGCCAACGCUUGGUGAUGUUUUCAGUGGCUUUGAAGUUGAAUUUCAUGUACCUAACUUUGAUGAAAUUGAAGGAGCCAAGAAAAAAUAUUCGGAUCCUCUGAAACAUGAACAGUAUAUACCCAAAAAAGCUGAACACAGUCCACAAAGUGACAUAAAUGAAAAUGAGUCCAAGAAAAGUUUCACAAGAGAGAUUGAUGAGGACAAUGUCAGUCCUACUUUGUCACUGAGCUCAUCUGAUGCUUUUGCUGAUGUAAGUUCUGCACUUACAACUGAACAGAUUGGCCUGUCGCUGCCCAGCCCUACAAAGGUCAAAGUGAAAUAUUCUGAACCCACUGCUAAUACUGAAGUGAGUGACAUACAUGCUGAUAUUAUUACUUCAACAGCCAGAACUGAACUAAUAUCUAUGGAGCCUCAUCAACCAGAGAAAGUGAACAUUCCAUUCUCUUCUGAAACAUCUUCUUCUUCUAUGGAUACUCUGAAAAAAAUGUCAGGACACAUAGUUGUGUCAAAUGUGCAAAGUGUGUCUAAAACAGAACAUACUGCAAUCCUCACUAAAGUAGAAACACAGAAAACCCAAACAUUGAUUCCAGAAAACGUAGCUGACUCAAUGCUGUCAGUUGAGGAAAAAAUAAUGCGAAAGGGACAUACUAUAGUGGAGAAACAGGUUGUAAAGGAAAUCUUUGGUGAUGACAAGGAGAAGAUAUUUGUGACACAGAGAAUACAGGUUUUUGAAGGAGACUCUACUGAGCCUAUAUCUGAUGACACAGCAUCCUCAGUUCAAAAGUUAAGAGACACUGUACACACUGAAAAAAUUAGAUUUUUUGAGGGGGCAGAGUCAAGUAAAACGAUUUUAAUGAGCACUGAAACAUUGCUAAGGCAUGCAGAUUCCUCUACAGAUGAGAAUGGGGGAAAAUGAUUUCAGCUGACGCUUUAUUAGCACUAGUAGAUUGAUGGCUGUGUAAGCCAGUUAAAUCAAUGUGGUCUCACAAUCCUACAAAUUUUCUGUAAGCCUGGAUUGUAUAAAUUGGUAUUAUGCUUCAGAAUGCAUUUUUAUUACUUGUGUAAGCAAUUGUGUUGUGCAAACGUAAUGCAGUUAGGGAUAGCACCAACACUUAUUUAAUAACAUAAUUAAAUAAAUAGGGUUAGUUAAUCAUGCUUAGAAUACUCUGUAUAGAGAAACAUGGGCAUUCGACACCCAUUAAAGUAAAAUUAUCCUCUGCUGCAAUUGUUUACAGCAUCCUCUUGGUUAUACACAAGUAAAUGUAACUGUGUCACAUUUAGAGAUGUUCAUGGAAAUAUAUAUAUAAUAUAUGUAACUAUUGAAAAGUAAUAUACAGUAAGUAUAAUACGUUAUGCAAACAUCUCAUUGUUAUUUAUCUAUUGUUGUAUUGCCAUGAACAAUAGUCAUAAUUAAAUUCAAGCAUCUAAGAUUUUGCAGCUCUGUGAAGAGGGCAUACAUUUUUAAAAAAUGUUCAGCCAAGUUCCCAUUCAUGUCCUACAUUAUUG